AUGGACGCUCGGGAGGGGGGUCGUGGGACUCGCGGGGGUCGCGGGCGUGGUCGCGCGAGAGGCAAGCGAGGCGGCGAGUCUGACGCAGGCGACGGGUCCACGGUUGCUCCCAAGGCUCGCAGUCGCAAAUACGAUCUGGAUUUUCUGGUGCGCGAGUCCCUUGAAGCGAAGGAGCUUAAAGCGAAAUGGGCUGCAGCUGCUGCUGCUAGGAAAGCAGAGGAAGAGGAGAAAAAGAGGGGGGAGGCUGGGGGUGGGGGAGAAGAGGGGGAAGUGGAGGGGGGAGGGGAAGGCGGGGAGAAGGGAAGGAAGAGAAAACUGGAGGGGAGGUACGGGGGUAACGAGGAGGAGAGGGAGACGGUUGAGGAUGGAGGGAGAGGAAGAGGGAGAGGAAGAGGGAGCGUGAGAGGAAGAGGGAAGGGAAGGGAUGCUGCUGCUUCUGCUACAGCAGGCACCACGAUUGGCGGCAGGAGAAGAGGGAGGAGUGCCGCUGUAAGGGGUGCAAUUUUAGGGGGAGAUGGAGACGGGGCAGAUGACACGGUGACUGGUGGUGGUGGUUCCGAGGGGGAGAAGGGGGAGGAUGAGGAAGUGAAAGAGAAAUGGGGACGCACAGGGAGAAGAAGAGGCAGGUCCGGGGGUGAGGGGGAGGAGGAGAAGGUGGGAGAGGGAAAGGAGAUGGGGGGAGAGGAAGAGGAGGCAGAAAAAGUGGAGGGGAGGAGAGCAGAGGAGGAGAAAAGAGAGGAGAUGAGUGAGGAGGAGGAGGAGGAGGAGGGGAUGGAGUGGUUGGGUGGGUUUGGAGGAACGAGAAUGGAGGGGAGGGGGCACAAGGAGGAGGAGAAGGGGGAGCCGUGGAAGGUGGAGGCGGGGGAGGGGGAUGAGGGGGAUAGUGAGGGGGACGAGGAGCACAGGGCGCUGCAUGCGGCGUUGAAGGAAGUUCAGACGGCAGUGGAUAGCUGCCAGCAGGUAAGGAGGCAGGGGGGAGUGGUGUGGUGCGGUGGUGAUCUGGUGGAGGCGCAUGGCAUGCCUCGCCUCUCCGUGACCGCCUCAUUGCCUCGCCUCUCCCUGGUGGAAGCUCAUGGCUUGCCUCUCCGUGACCAUCUGAUUGCUCUCCACCAUGCCUCCUCAACCGCUGCUGCUGCUUCCGCUGCUGGUGCUGCUGCUGCUGCUGGAGGGGAGAAAGAAGGAGAAGAAGGAGAAGGAAGAGGAGGAGAGGGCGGGGAGCUGCUUCCUGCAGUUCCGUCCUCGUCCGCCUCCUCUGCUGCAACAGUGCUUGUGUGCGUGAAUCCCAGGGUGUUCACUGGUCACGUGAACCCUCGCUAUCUUCGCAGAUUCCAAGAGCAAUCCGACCUCGCUCUCCUUCCCCCAAAGAAGUUCUCACCCCUCCUCGCUUCUGGCCUUCUGCCGACUUUGCUACGAGCGAAAAGCGUGCAACAGUUGAAAAGAGUCACAGAAGGAAAGAGGGGGGAUGGAGAGGAGGAGGGGCGAGGGAAGAAGGGGACGAAAGGGGAGGGAGCUGAAGCGGCGAAGGGGGGGAAGAAGGAUGAGCGGGGGGAGCUGUCUGCCUGUUCAAGAGUCAGUGGGGCGCUCCUGAGGCGAGUCUUUGCAGAGAUGGUGGUAUCCAGAAGCGAUCAAGUCGACACUGCAGCCUGCUCCCUGCUCUGUGACUUUGCUCUCGCCCCAUCGCCAUCAGCAUCAGAAGCAGGGGCAGGAGCACAAGCACAAGCAGCAACAGCAGCAGCAGCAACCGAAGGUGCAGGGUCAGCAGCAGACGCACAGCAAACAGAGUUGCAGCAAGUUCUGCCUUUCCUCUUCUCCCCAACCACGGGCCUCUCUCCUCCCUCCCUCCCUAUCAUCGGCUCUUCCCACACCCCCUUCCCCUCUGCCUCCUCCUCGCUCCACCUCCCCUUCACCCCCCCUCCCUCCUCGCACUCCGCCUCCCUGCUGCCUCCGCUGGUUCCUGUUUGGCUCCCGGGGUACGCUGACGUGGCAGCAGCUCUGCUGGCCGUUGGAUUCUCCCCAUCUCUCCUCUGGAGAGAUCAAGUGGCCAUGGAAUACAGUGCGCACACGCCUAACCCACACUCACCACCUUCUGCCGCCGCCGCCGCCGCCGCCGCUGCUGCUCGAGCUGUUGACAGUACGGCACCUCCUAGUCCCCCGACAUCCUUAAAGCCCUUGCUAACCACAAGACCCUCCGCGUGCAUUCAAGCCGUGGCAUCGAGUCAACCCCCUACUGAGACGGCUCAAGAACCCGCAAGACCUGUAACGUCCAUCCAAGAAGUAGUAUCAACACGACUUCGCAAAACGGACCUCCUCCUGAAAACCAUCGCUGCACUAUGCAUCAGCCAGUCAGUUUUGCCUACAAGAAAAGAGGAGUGUUUUGAGACGUCUCAAAACCCUACAAAUCACCCCUCGUUACUGCCCCAGCCCCACCUGGCGCUGCUCUUCCUGCACGUGCUGCACCUACUAGCAGACCACUCCCACCUGCUGCCACUGCACACUGCAGCGCUCAGAACGCUCACUGCCAUCGCCACCUGCAGCAGCAGUCAGGAGGACUCUCCGGGGUUUCUCACCGGCGACCGCUUCGCCCAUCGCCUGCUCUGGGCCAUGGCAGCUGACCCAAUCUCCCUGCAGACCACACCGCCUUCUCCCGACGUUGUCUCCCAUGUGGCACCGUCCACCAAUCACACUCCGCCACCUGGCAAGCACUGGUGGCUGGCAGCGCUCCCGCUCGUCCUCGCCCUCCCCGCUGCCUCGCCUGCCUGCUCCCGCUUCCGCCUCCGUUGUGCUGCACUCAUGCUGCAUCUCAUGGAGAAAGGGGAGGUACCGUCACCUGCCGUUAUUCCCACUCCGCCGCCCAUCCAGCUGUCAGCAGAUCAGAUCAUAUCCUCCUUCAUAUCAAAUCCCGCCAACAAGCCCACCUCCCCCGGAUGCGACCUCCCCCUGCUGCUCCACAAGCUCUACCUCCUUGACGUGUGCCUCGGCCAAUCGCAGCCCGCCACGUCAGUGCACGCCAUGCGGGAUUGGCUGACGUGGCUGCAGGCCGCUGCAACCAAGCUUUCCACCACAGAUACGAGAACAGGCGCAGGCCAGGUGCGGCACUGGGCUUUUUUCCUCCGGACCAAGCAUCGCGUGUUGGCCUCCCAGCUCUAG